AUUGCCAGAGACAGAAAUUGCAAUAGAUCAUGGAUAUAGUGUGUGAUAUAGCGUAAAAUACUACUACUACUACUACUACUACUACUAAUAAUAAUAAUCAAAACAACAGAAGCUUCUGUUCUCCAUUUCAUGGCUCCCAUUCUAACUUCUAAUUCAUUUCUCCUGACAACACCACCACAUUCAAAACACUCUGUCAAGAUCCCAAGACUUAAUAGGGUCUUGGCCAAAAGAGCAGGACCCUUCUCUCCAUUUCAGCUUGGCAAGCCGAAACAAGACAGUUCAUCAUCAUCAGAAGAAGGAAACAAAACCGAUGGCUCAGUCAAUUCGAAUCCGAACCCUUUUAGUUUCAACUUUGGUAAGACUCCUGAUGUGAGAUCUUUGAUUCCUGUAGUGAGUAAACCAGGGUCUGGAUUAUCCUUUCCUAGAAGGAAGGAUCCUGGAACUGUCUUUGUAGCUGGUGCUACUGGUCUGGCAGGUAUUCGGAUUGCACAAGUGUUGUUGCGCCAAGGUUUCAGUGUUAGAGCUGGAGUUCCUGAGCUUGAUGCUGCUCAGGAGUUGGCUCGUUUUGCUGCGGAGUAUAAGGUCAUAUCAAAAGAAGAAUCGAAACGCCUAAAUGCUGUUGAAUCAAGUUUUGAAGAUGCACAAUCAAUUGCUAAAGCAAUUGGUAAUGCAAGUAAAGUUGUGGUCACAAUUGGUCCUGCAGAGAAUGGUCCUAAUUCCGAAGUCUCGGCAUCUGAUGCCUUGCAAGUAAUUCAGGGUGCUCAGCUAUCAGGAGUUGGUCAUGUUGCAAUCAUUUAUAAUGGGAACACUGCAAAUUCUUCCACUUACAAUGUGCUAGAUGGCAUCACAUCAUUCUUUAAUAACUUGUUUUCGCAAUCUCAGCCAUUGAGCAUACCCGAGUUCCUGCAGAAAGUAAUCGAAACGGAUGUUAGCUAUACUUUCAUCAAAACAAGUUUGACAGAAGAUUUUUCGCCAGAACGUUCCUAUAAUGUUGUUGUUUCAGCUGAAGGAAGCACGACAAGUGCGGGUUCAGACGACUACAAAGUGGCAAUGUCUCAGAUAGCAUCAGUAGUGGCAGAUGUUUUCUCAAAUACAGCAGUUGCAGAAAAUAAGGUGGUCGAAGUUUCGACUGAUCCAUCAGCACCCUUAAAGUCUGUGGAUGAGCUAUUCAGUGCAAUUCCUGAAGACGGAAGGAGAAAAGUUUAUGCAGAAACUGUUGCUAAGGCAAAGGCCGAGGAAGAAGCAAGGGUAGCUGCUGAGAAAGCUCGUGUAGCAGCUGAUGCAGCAAAGAAACUCGAAGAAGAAGUGAAAAAGCUUUCAGAGCAAGAAGCUGAAGAAGCUCAAGAAAAGGCAGAAGCUGCAGGCACUUCAAUGGAAAACCUGUUAGAUAGAGCAAAAGAUAUCAGUGCAGGCUUAUCCUGGGAAAAACUUAGCUCCCAGUUUGCCACUGCAGUUCAAACAACUAAUGAAAAAACCAAAGUGCAGAUUGCCACUGUAAGGGGACAAGCCAAGGCUCGCGCUUUGCCAGGACAGAAAGCUGUUGUUAAGAAACCUAUACCAAAAUUUCCAGCAUUGAAACUGAAAGAGGAACCGAAGAUAAAGGCGAAGGCAAAAGAGACGGAAUCAAAGACAGAAGUGAAGAAGCUGUUUGGAGGCCUGUUUCAGCAAGAAACUAUAUAUGUUGAUGAUGAUUGAGACAAAUAUUUUUUGUUUUGUAACUUACAUAAUCUUGUAUUUUGAGCUACUCUGAUGCAGAGAUGUCAUUUGAAGUUUGUAAUGAUGUUAAUAAUUGUAAGUCUGGAUCCAAAUGUGUAUUGUUUCAAGGUUUUCCAGUUAUUCAAAAGUGCUCCAAUUACUGAAGUAUAA